CACGGCUAUGGUUGACCUUUCGACUCUUUGAAUAAGUAGAAAUUACGCGUAUCUAUAGAAAUUAUAGAAUACUUAAUAGACAAAAUAAAGAGAUUUUGCUUGAUCUUAACUAACAUUCGCAUACGAACUCUUCCCUAAAUAAGCGAUAAAUGUACCUUCAUAUUGUUGCAUAAAUUUAAAAUCCGUUGACAUUCUAUUGACAAUAGAAAAUCAUUCUGACAUACGUCUUUGACAACACGAAUUCCGAGGCUUUUUUUGUUUGUCGUAAUUUGAACGCCAGACGCCAGAUAGUAGGCGCGAAUUGAAUCGGAUAAACCAUCAUAAGCUUGGAAUUUUCAAUUUGAACUUACUACCUAUUCCCGUUGUAUCAUAAGUUUGGUUGCUUUGAAUAUCCAAUAGAAGUUCGUAGCGAAAGGAUCGUGUGGUUCUGAAACAUUGGCUUCCUGGCACCAAAAGUUAAACGUAAACAAAACCUUCUUCACUGCAUAGAUGGAGCCCGAAAUAGUGGUCCCUACUUCCGAAGACAAAGAUUAUUGCCAUUUUUGUUUUGGUGCCGCAAAUCUACAUAUUGUGUUUCCGCUUGUCCGGCCGGAUUUGCUAAGCUUCAUCGAUAAUAUCAUGGGUAUCAGUAUUACCCCGGAGGCAUAUGAAUCGUUCAGCUUGUGCAGUGAAUGUAUUUCAACUUUGGAUAUGUUCAUCAAAUUCCGGAACAAAUCUCGUUCACACUACGAAAAAGUGCGUGAAGCGAAAAUUAGGAACCAAGCCGUGAAAAGGAUGUUCCCAAUACUACGCGAUAAUAUGAGUCAAUUUUCACCAUUCCGUUCUUUGGUUGAACCGGCGAAUAGGUUGGAUAUGAGCACCACUAAUGAUGGAGCGAAUCCAAAUGAAUCAUUGGAACAAUCCACUUCAAUGAAUAGCAGUUUUCAGGGUGAAAACGACGACUGCACUGGAAGUGCUUGUAAAAGGAAUUAUACUCAACUAACGUAUGAUCUCGAUCCUGAGUCUUCUGCUAAAAAGGUACGCAUUCAAAACGGAACAAAGCACAAAACCAGAUUCCAUCAUAUAAGAGAGAUUAUGAAUCGAUUUAGAAAUAACCGACUACAGAUAAAUAAUGUAUCAGCAACCUCGCCUGUUAGUAGCAGACAAAAUGGGUUUCAUUUUACAAACCAUCAACCAUUGUUAAAUGACAACACAUCUAAAAGCUACCCAAUAUCAUGUAAACCUUGCGUGGUUGUAGUUAAAAAAUUUCCCGCACAUAACAUUGAUUUAUGCAAAUUAUAGUUUAUUAAUUAAAUCGUACAGUAUAGCAUAUGUUGAGGUCAGUACAAAAAGCAGGUUCUCUCAUUCUCUGUAUUGAUAUAAUUUUGUCGUGCGAAUAAAGACCGAACCCACUAGAGGGAUAAGCUUCA